AUGGAUGAGCUAGACUUUGUUGACCUCGAGGCCGUGGAUGAGCUCGAUGCCGAAGAGGAAGAGAAUGGCGUCGUGCUCGAGUCCGGCGAGUCGACGCCCCAUGGCAAGGACGUUGCGCACACCUAUCCCAACAGUCUUCCCUAUGCAUGCGAGACGCAAGAAGAGUUUGACCGGCGUCUUGCAGCGACCAUCGGAAAACUGCUCGACUGCAUUGAACUGCACGACUUUGACGUGGGCCUUGUUCGCUGGAACCAGUACCUCCAAUGCCUCUUGUCCCUGAAAUACCCCGUAAAACGCGAAUGGCGCGCCAAGCUCGCGCGCAUGUACUACGAGCUGACCGUCAUGUCGUCGCUUGAUCCUCGUGUGACAGAGGUGGCGGGUAGCAUGGCGAUACGUCUCUUGCGCCCCAAACGCGAGAUUGAUAUUGCCGACCUCGAGCUGCCGUGGCGGCCAUUGUACGACGCACUCGCCGGCCAAAUCUUUCACAAGGGUCGUAAAGUGACCAACACCGGCGUGAGCAAUGUACUGCUAGACCUGGCCGAGUAUGCCCAGCGCUUUUUCCCUGCGCGUGAAGCGCAUGCGAUGCUCCAAACGGUCCUCCCCCAGAUGGACGGCGGCGACCUGAACUCGGUGAUUGCGACGCAGGCACUCCUUGUGCACUUUUUGCCUCUUGCUGAGCCACAGAGCUGGCUGCCGGCCAUGUUUCGCCUGUGGGAGACAUUCAAGUCGUCGCUCUUUGACGACCAAAUGCUGGAUCACCUCGCCCGCCUUGCCGAGCACCACUUGACCGAGCCUGGUGAGCUUGCGCCCGGAGACAAGCCGCGGCUCUGGCAAGAGACGGGUAUCUUUACCGAUGCGCAGUUUGCACUGAUCAUGUCGAAGUGCCUGCGAUCCGCCGGCCUGCCGGUCGGUGCGAACAAGGCUGCUAAUGCGACGCUCAUGGCACAGUCGUCCACCGUCCGUACCGGUGCUGACGCACUCGCAACGAGCCAGACGCUGCGCAUGAAAAAGCCGAGCGACCGUCUGCACUCGUUUGCCGUCCUGCUGGUCUACAGUAUGGCGCCCGAUGCGCCUGCACUUGGGCAAGCCGAUGCCCCGCAUUCAAGUGCCACGGCGCCGCUGCAAGUCGCGCCGCAGCAGACCUACCUCGCCGGAUGCAAGGCGCUCGACCAACUCGCCAAGUUUGUGCAGGCGACCGAGAGUUACUUCCACCCCUCCAACUGGGGCGUAUGGCAGGUGCAGCUGUCCAACUUCGUGCAGCAUCUGACUUGGGAAUUCGCACAGCGCUGCAAGGAAGAAGAGCGGAGUGACUGCAAGACCCCCCCCGCCUUCCGCCUCACGCCCGAGAUCAAGCGCGAGUUUGUGCGCACGCUACGGACCGUGUGCUUGCUGAGCAUGUUUUCCAAGGACCCGCUGACAAUCCUGGCUGCGCAGACGAGCCUUAAGCGCAUGUCGUACCUGCAGCCCGAGCUGAUCAUUCCCGCCGUGCUUCAGCGAUCGUUCAACUCGCUCGAGGCGCUUGAGACGACGCACCGCACUGCAUCGGUCAUCUCGGCGCUAGCUGCGCUUUCUCAGCCGAUGGUCUCGCGCCAGAUCUACCCUGCUGGGGCCAAGAACCUUGCGCCGCUCUUGCAUCUGUGCUUGCCUGGCAUUGACAUGAACGAUCCCAUGAAGACGAUCAGCACAUGCAUGUUUGUCCUCUCGGCGACGCUGACCAUCCGAGUCGACGACCUGAGUGGCGAAAUGGGCGACGAGGCCAUCGAUGCGAAUGAGCCGUGCGCCGUGGACGACGAGACCACUACGACACGGGGCGAAGAAGACUAUGCCCUGCGCCUCGCCACGGCCGAACUCGAUGGCUGGUGCACUGCGUUUAUCCGCCGCGUGCUGCACCUCGUCGACAACCUGCCGGACGAGGGCAAGAGCGGACGUAUUGGUGAAAAGAACGAGGAAAUGGUUUUGAACACGAUGAUUGCGACGUGCGAUGUAUUCUGCAGCUCGCUGAGUCCUAGCCUCUUUGCACGUACUCUCGAAAUUGUGCUGGAAUACUGCCAGACGACCAUCUCCGCGAGCGGCGUCAAGGUUGUCGGAUCGUUGAUCGGCUGCUUUGCGCGUGCAGACAGCGCGGCGGUCCUCAAGCGGGUCGUACCGAUGUGUUGCGAACGCAUUGCUCUUGAGCUCGCGCACGGCGCCUCGUCGACACGCACGACGUCUACGAGCCUGCCACUCGCGCAGGAUACGGCGCUUCACUGGCACAUUUCGAUGCUGAAUGGCGCGCUUAUGUUUGCGGGUGAGAAUUUGCUUGCGCACCGGGACGCGCUUCUCGAGACGUGUGCGCUCUUGUCGCGCUCAUGCUUUGCCGAGCGUGGCUAUAUGCUCAGCGCCAAACUCAUUCAGCGCCUCAUCUUUUCGCUGGUUAGCAUCUAUCCGAAGGAGCAGCGGUUCGUCAACCCCGACGAGUGGAACUCGCCCGAGUUCCAGCGCAACUCGCAUCGCGCAUGGGGCAAGCUGUAUACCUUCUCGCAGGUACACAUUGACUGGCACACGCCGAGCGAUGCAGAGAUCGCGAUGGCACUUGAUGUAUUGCGCACAGUCGUCCGCCCAGCACUUUCUGCACUCGAAAAGCUUCAAAGUGAAAGCGUGCGCGACAAGGCGUGGUACAAUGACUUUUGCCGGCACCUCCUCCUGGUGCGCUUCUCGUACGCGGCAUUUGCGGCGCUCGCGGAACCUGAAGCAGGUACGCCGACGGAUCUGCAGCCGUUCCCGUCGGACCUUGGCGAUGCGGCUGCGUCGUUCCUGCCGACACCGAUUCCGUUGGCUUCGGGGUACCCUCUGGACCGUACCGACGCGCGCCACACCGAUGUCGCCUCUUUCCAGGCAGCAUUUGGCGACGUUUUGCUGCACGCGGCGCAGGACAUGCACACGACUGGUGCAGAGGACCAAAUCGAUGCCGCCAAGCUUCUGGUGCGUUCGCUGCGCACGUUCCUCGUGCAGUCGGGCUACAACCCCGACGAGCUGCGCGGCCUCGCCAAGUCUGUCACGUUUUUCCGUACAAUUGGACGGACAUGGCCGAAGCAGCAGGCGUAUCCCCGCACCCUCUGGCUACGCCGUGCAUCGCUGUACCACCUGUCGCGCCUGCGCAUUCGGAAUGCAUUUGCUUUGCGUACUCCUCGCACCGAUGCCUUGACCAAGCAGCUGCUCGGUUUGUGCCUCUCAAACUAUGUCGCGAUCCGCAAGAUGGCGCAGUCAACCUUUGCCAGCGUUUGCAUCGCCUACGACGGCUCGCGUGCGCUGUGUUUGCCCAAGGUCCUCGAGACACUCCGGCCCGGCGUCGCUGAUGACCAGGUGAAGGGUGCACUUUAUGUGCUUGCGAACAAAGGCUAUGCACGCACUGUCGUGCGCAAUGCACGCUUCACGCGCUCGGUGCUCAUGGCGCUCUUGCACAUUGAUCAUGCGAAGCCGAGCAUCCAAAAGCUCGUGCGUGGCGUGCUCAACGACGAGGUCGGCCGUCUAAACGAGCCGGCACUGCGUACAGCCCAAUUCCCUACGCCGCCUCUUGCCGAGGCGGCUGCGGCUGUGGCGCCGUUUGCGACGGACCGCACCCCUUCUGCCGUCCUCGAAGCGGCACGGAACGCGCGUGCCGAGCGCGUGGCCCAUACGGAGAAGGAGCACACGGCGUUUGUCGACGACGUACUGCAGUUUGCUCAAGCACCAACAACGCAUUGGGCCUUUGCCAUCUUUGCGUUGCGUGCGCUACGCCAGCUCCUACGCCACGAUGUGUCGCUGCGUGCGGACCUCGCAGCAUACUUUGCCACUGAGAGCGUGUCGGCGAACCCCAUCAUGCGCAAGCACGCACAGCAAGCGCUUGCGCGGCUUUUGUACCUCGUCAAGCUGCGCUCGCUUGCGGAUGGUGAACACCUCUUUACUGAGCAGACGCAGCACCCUCUCAAGCAGCGCGAGCCUCUGAACACCGCGCCCGAGGCGGUACAAGCGCGGCUCGCUGCGUUUGCCGAGCCGCUUACACCAUCCUCGCAGCUGCGCGACAAGGCCUUCCAAGGGUGGCUCGCGCGCGGUACGGAGGACGAGUACUACCUUGCGCCACCAGAAGACCGCGCGCCGGUCGCCUGGGAGGAAGGCUCGGUAGCGGCGCUGGCUGCAGUCCAGUCGUCGCUCACGCAAGCGUGGUGGGAUACGUUUGUCGGGCACCUUGCGCAGGAGAUGGACCGCGACUAUCUUUCGGCAGAGACGACGACGUUUAUCAAAUCGCUCUUCCAGAUGCUGGGCGUGUCGCUCCUCGAUCCUGUACGGCCUGCCGUCGCCGGGCUGGUUGCCGAGCGCGACCGCCACAAGCACCGUGCAGCGGCUGAGCUGGUGAGCAGUGCGUUCCGUGGCGCCAAGCACUGGCCGCUGCGUGACCAGGACCGUCUGCGUACGUGGUGCGACGAGUGGAUGCCUCGUGUCCUCGUCGAGUGCACGCCGGACAGCCAGCCGUCGUGGCAGAUGUGUGUCGAGUAUAUUUUCAAGAAUCGCGACCCGCGCCGUGCACGGAGUUUACUGCAGUUUAUCACGCAGCAUGCCGAGUCGAGUCUCGCGAGCGAGUCGCGCAGCCCACUUGAGCAGGCGCAUGCACAGCAGCUGCUCGCGAGUGCGCUGCGCUCGUUGCAGCACAAGUUUACGGCAUGGGGCGCUGCCGAUGUGCGUGCGCGCUUCUUUGCGCAGUUCGGACACGAUUACCAAGAAGUACGCAAGGCGAUUGGCGAGGGCCUCGUCGAGCUCGAGUAUGCACAGGCCCAGCCCUCGUUUGCGAGCGUCGAUGCGUUCCUCGAGGCGAGCGCGAGCGAGUACGGCUCACUCCUCAGCCAUCUGGACGGCCUCGGGGCGCGGUGUGAGCAGCUCUCGCAGAACCUGCAAGCGUGGCGCACAGAGCGUGUUCCCAGUGCUCAAGGCACUUCGCUGUACGACCGUGCGGCCAUGACGGGUGCGUUUUGGAUCUCGAUGAGUCUGGACGAUCACCGCCUCGGACCGAUGGCCAGCGAGGUGAUCCCAUUGCUCCCCGACCUCUUUGCCAUGUACCAGCUGCGCGAUAAUCCCGAACUGUCGGCGAUUGCCAAGGCGGUGCUGAUCAAGGUCGUCUCGCAUCCUUUUUCCGCGGCACAGGCGCGCCCGCUCGUGCUGCAGCUCCUGUCGAUCGUCGAGAAUGCGACCGAUUCGUGGCACGCGCGUCUCGACGCCCUGCCGCUCUUGCAAAUUGUCUAUUUCCAAAACCUCUUUUAUCUCGAAAACGACACGGUGGAAAAAGUGAUCCAGCUCCUGCUUGACCUGCUUGCCGACAAGCACCUCGAAGUGCGCGAGAUGGCGGCUACGACGCUGUCCGGCAUUGUACGGUGCUCGCAGCGCUCGCUCGUGCAUACGCUCCGUGUGCGUUUCGAAGGCGUGGUGCAGGCGACGCCGGUGCCAAAGCGCGGUACGCCGUCGUUCGAGACACACCUAGUCACGCUGCAUGCGGCGCUUCUUGGCGCCACUGCCCUGGUCGCCGCGUUCCCGUACGACGUGCCGGACUGGAUGCCGGAGCUGAUUCUCGAGACGAUUGCGCCGCAUACCGACGACCCCGUGCCGAUCUCGACGACGGUGCGCCACUGCGCCGCCGAUUUCCGGCGCACGCAUCAGGAUACCUGGGCGGAAGACCAGUUCAAGUUUGGAGACCGCAUCCAAGAAGUCAACGACUUUACGCUGGGCCGUAGUGACUAUUUCGUGUAG